AUGGAGUCGAUCAGUGAGGACGCGGUGGGCGAGAUGCAUGGAGGCGUACAGCCAAGCAACACGAAUACUGCGUCGAUCGACGUGGCGACGCCGCGGGGAGCAAAGCGGACUGCGAGCCACCGGCGCGUGCGGUCAAUCGUUGUCGGUGGCGCUGUCGAACUCAACAAAAUUAAGAAAGAGCAAGAGGUGGAGACGCUGCACAGCGAGUUGGAAAAGCAACACAAGGCGUUGGAAGCGUCGCAGGAAGAAGCGCAGCUCGCCGCACGAAUCGGUCAAUCGUUGCUCGUGCAAAACCAACAGCUCGACUACGAAAUGGAAUCGAAAUUGACUGCAUUGAAGCAUCGCAGCGAAGAAGCCGAUCAACAUGUCAAGAUGUUGGAGCAAAAACUGCACGACAUGACGUUGCUGCACCGAGAAAAGGACCUCCAUCACACACAACUCAUACGAGAAAACGACGCAUUGCUGUUCGACUUGUCGCAAGCCAAAGCCGCGAUCAAGCCAUUGAAGGACGAGUUGGCCAAGGCCAAGGACGAGGUCAACGUGCUCCAAGUCGCGACGGUCCGUCUACAAUCCGACACAACUGCGUUGGAAACGAGCAACGAGUCGUUCAAGAGGCAAUGUUGCAAGCUCGAGGCCGAGCGCGCAUUUCUCGUGGCGCAAGUGAGCGAUCUUCGCGACGUGUCGCGGGAGAACGACGUCCGCAUCCACCAGCUCACCGCGUCGCUGGCGGCGAUGACCCAAAAGUACGACGAGCUCCAAGACCAAUUCGACUUUCUCAGCGACAAGCACGCAGAAACCACGCAACAAUUGGAAGCUCUGACUAUCCAACAUCAACGAGUCCAAGAGGAAGCAGCGAUUGCAGCCCAGCACGUCGCAGUCCUUACGUCGGACGUUGACAGCAUGUCCGAACUCCUGGAGCAAGAGCGACAAAUGACCCAAGACGUGCUGCAACAACACAAUGAGCUUGUCGAAAGCAUUGCCAACGGAAACCCAUCGCCGCUGACGCCAAGCAGCCACCGCCGCCAACCCAGCGAGUUUUUCGUGUCGAACUCUCCAAGCAUGGCACGGUCCGAUUCUUCCGACCACCACACGAUAUCGUCGUCGCGGCAGCUACGCCAAAGCUCUAGCAUGGACGACCCUGAUCGUAAGCCAAGCGAGUUCGAUGUCGCCACCAUGCUGCAUCACGAGUCAGCUCAAGAAAAACGACGGGCCGAGGUGCUGAAGAGAGGAUCACUUUUCCAUGAACUGUCCAUUGAGCUCGAGAAGGAAUUUAUGAAGGCGAAGCAACGAUCGUGGGACCUCCUCACGCACACGUCGUGCACCAACUGCUCCGCCUUAUUGGAACGUGAGUCUGAGCUGACCCAACAGGUAGCUACCCUGACGCUGGAAGUGCAGCAUCUGCGCGAGAUUUCCGGACGAACGUCACCCGUGAAGGCCGUGGGGCGACGUGAAAGCACUUCAUGCACGACUUGCUCGCUGUUGAUGCAUCGGGAAGCCGAGCAGACCCAGCAUGUCGUCGCGCUGUCGCAAGAAGUGCACAGGUUGACCGCCCUCGUUGCGUCCAUGUCCGAGCCAUUGCCCGAAGAAAAUGUACUCAAAGAGUUUUUUGUGCUCACGGCUGCAGCCAUCAAGAUUGCAGGUGCCGGCAUCCACAACGAUCGAUGCAACAUUGCAAACGAGGCCUUGUUUGACCAAGCCAUGCUCGAAGACAUCACAUUCGAGAGAUUCCACGAUUGGAUUCAUGCUCGCCUUGAGUCUCCUCCGUAAGGUUCAUUCAUAUUCUUUCACCG